AUGGCAAAGUUCAAGCCCGAUUGCACGUUACCACCGCCGAACACGAGAUUUGUCUCUUCACCCACAGUCCGUGGCACUUUGGACAUUCUCUGGUCUUGCCUCAGCAUCUUCGUUCUUUGUACCUGGUCGAUAUACCACCCAAACUUGCCCGUUCAGGCUUGUCCCAAGAAUUGGAAGCAAAGGCUCCGGAAGCAAUCACAUCUUUUCUAUCGCAAAAUACGUUUCUUCGUAGUGAUGCUUUUCAUGCCAGAGGCAAUCAUUGCGUUCGCGGCUAUCGAGCUUCACUCGGCAGUGAUCACGCUCAAAAAAGCAAGGACAGAGAACAAAGACUGGACUCUGGCCGACAGUUUCCUUCUCGAUAUGGGUGGAUUUGCAAUCUGUUUUCCAGAAGACGACGAAGCCGCAGUGAGAGGGUCCAGUGAUGAACCGGAACCUUCUAAUCUACCUACAUCCCAUCUCCAUAGCCCCCGCGAUCCUGGCGGCUCCAUUGGUUCUGCUGGCUCCGUCCUCUCCGAAUCAGGUUCAAGUCACAACUCAAUGACUGGGACUGAGUUCUCGGAACACGUACAAACCUCGUCCGACUCAUUUCGGGAACUUGGAUCCCCUCUCCCCUCCGGGGAUGCACAAGCGAAGCGUGCUCAGUGGUUUUCGCAAUAUGUUCCACUUGACCGGCUUGAAAGGAAUACUCAAAUAGAAAGCCUCAGAAUGGGUCAAACAGGCUGGUACCGGAGCGAUCGAAAUCUGCAUACACUUAUGGAGGUAGAGUACGACUGGCCAGAAAAGCUUCACUCGAGACACCAAGACGAAGCUCGCAAUCUGGCCUCCCUACAGGCAGACACUUGGAUCUUGAAUGCGGCCCAGAUCCAGUAUGCAAAAGACCGGGACAUUAUAGCUCAGCAUCCACAGCUCACGACAUCCGAUCUCGAAGACAGGAACAAAGGGAGCUAUCUGGUCAAAGGCUUAGCCGUCCUCCAAGUCAGCUGGUUGAUUGCUCAAGUAUCCGCAAGAGUCGAUUACGGACUUCCAUCAACCCAACUGGAAAUCGCUACGCUUGCCUACGCCGCAUGUGCCUUGGUAAUAUACGUCCUCUUCUGGGAGAAACCACAGGACAUCAAGAACAUGUCGAAGGUUAAAGCACAACGCUUUGCCACUGCUAAAGAAAUGAUGGAAAUUGCGAAAAUCGGACCAAGGACUGUGGGAUAUAGGCAACCGAUCCGAGAUGCUACAUGA